AAUAGCAUCAACGCGGAUACUCAAAGCUACUGCUCCAUCUCGUGUUCGACAACAACGAGGACGCUGUGAUCAGAGCUCAGGAGCUAUACAGAGCAACGGAGAGUCUCUCCGCCGGCGUAUCAAUCCAGUCGAGUCUUUUCGGUUGAAUUCGAUUCUUCCGUCGUUCAGUGAAGAGGGCUUGACAAGCCUUGGCUCGGAUCUACCAACCCACCUUUGAAACCCAUUGUAGGACGAAGCUCAGACCAUGGCAGACAACCUCCAACCUCCCUCAUCGACCUCUCGGUCAUCCUCGCCAGGGUCUGGUGAUCCUAAACCCCGAGUGAUUUCAGGUUCACUCAAAGACAGGAUUGCAAAAUUCAACAACCCAUCCGCUGCGCCUCUCGUCCCGAACCAUCCAUUCGGCCAAGCUGGGAGUCGCAACGUAUCUGGAUCUACUACCGGCGGAGGCAUGAUAGGCAACCGUUUACCUGCUCUGGAUCCCAAGACCGCUGGAAUCGUUUCCAGCGGACAACGUAGGACAAAAGAAGAUAGAGGAAUCAUCGGAAACCGUAUACCUUCUUUCGGCAGAGACACCUCUUCCAUGCCUGAACCCAAGUCUGCCGGAGCUCGCAGCUCAGAUGGUGCUCCUUCGACAGGUCACCGGGCUGCUAGUCCUGCUUCGUUGGAUUCAAGUUCAGCGUCUGGCUUGGCGGAAAGUGCCAAUUCUCCCAACACGUCCAGAUCAUCCUCUCCUCCUACCUCUACCCCAGAUGAAGACCUGCCCAACGUCUUGCUAUCCGCUGAACAUUUGGAAGGCGGAACAGGUGCCAUGACGCCUUCAUCCACACGAGCGGACGCAGGGGAGGAUACAGGAGAGAGGUCCGCGCCUUCCACACCCGUCCAGGGACCCGUCGAUCCGUCUAUCCGAGGUGGACACUAUGAUCUGAUUGCACCUAAUCUCAAACUCGCCGCAGCAAACCAGAAUCCAGAAGUCUCCCUGACUAUGAAUCGCGGUCCGUCCCUCAGCUCUAUCGGUGGUCUAGCAGCUCCCAGUGUGACGGCUAGCCUGGGAUCAUCACGGGCCUCACAGUACGACCCUAGCUCUCAGGGGAGUGAGAACCCAGAGAAGAUGAUGCGGGACGUCAGUGAGAUCUCAACUCCCACGGGAACACCCAAAGCGGAGCCGAAAGACCUCGACUUUGGCAGUACAAGAGGGAGCGUAGCGGGGGAUGAAACUGGAGAUACGACAGCCCGACUCGAGGGGCUCGACAUCAAUGCUGUGGAUCGCGAUCCCACGCCUGAACCUCCACACGUGACAUCGCCUACACCCAAGGAUGAGGAGAUCAUUGGUGCUCCGUUAGAAGAGGACCCUAACAAGGCUAAAGACCUCGAGGACCUGAAACAAGGUAAUCUCUCUCACGAGAAGCACGAGCUUGGAACACACACGGUCGACCAAAACCCCAUCAACAAUAUUGCGGAAGCUGGUGUCGCUCAAGGCCUCGCCGAGCACGACAUCGCACCUGAUGAGUUGAGAGCUCAGGGCGGUCCAGCGGGCCAGAGGCUGGAAGAAAUUGAGACUGCUGAUGAAGUCAAGGCACCGACCUCACAAGGAUCAAAAAGUCAAGGAUACGCUGGAUCGUCCGAGCUUGAUGUCCAAACUCUUCCCACUGAGGCCGAAUCCACCUCCACCGAUGUUGGCUCAGAUGAUGGGUUGAGCUUGUCCAACGUCGUCGAGGGAGCUCGAGCCGCAGGAACCCGUCUCGACGAGGCUGGCGCCGGACAGACGACGAGCGAGAAUACAGAUCGUCUGAAAGAGGAGUUGGCGGAAGAACGUAAGAAGAAGGGAGACCGAGAGGGAGUGAAUGAACAGCAAGACGCAAACCUCCAGACCGAAGAGGAUAGGGACGAGGGGAUGAGUCGGAAAGAACAGCUCAUCAAGGCUCUGGACCAGAAUGCUGAUCCUGACAAGAAUCUGGAGGGAGGAGCGGAUGAUGGGACAAAGGAAAAGGCAAAAGAAGCUACGAUGACCAUGACCGGUGCGAAGCCUAUGGCAGAGGAUGAGACUGAAGAGGUGGUGAACGAUGACGAGGGUGGAGAUAAUGGUGGUCAAGGUGACAAGGGAGGGAACAAGGAUGAUGUCAAAGUGGAAGACACCACGGAGAGUCAUGAAGAGCAAGAAGAUGACAAUCAAGACGGGGGCAAAACGCCGACAUCUGACAGACGGGGAAGCGUCAUUGAGCAGCAGGUAGUGGGAACAAGCGACAAGGACAAGGCUGCGACAGAUCAAGAAGACUCAACAGAUGGCAGUCAUCAGCCCAUUCAAGUCCAGGUUGAGCCGGCGCCCAUUGCUCAGCCGGCUCAAGAUGAUGCUGAUCAAGCGCCGGAUCAGCCCGGUAGCGUCAGAUCCGAGUCCGUCACUCCCACUCCCAGUCUGGACAACCCUCCAAAUUUCCCCGAGCCGCCAACGGACGAUCCCGACGUUGUGGAUCCGGUAAGCUCCACGACGGGCAGUGACCAAGAAGCGGCUGGAACCUCGACUCCUAUCGAUUCGUCCGUCAUGAAGUCAUUCCCCGACGUACCAGAUGAAGACCACCCUCGCGUUCAAGUACACGUACAUUCUCCCCUCUCCACACCAUUCCGUAAUCAUUCGAAUCAGAACCCGAUGGAUACUCCCGGAACAUCUCGAGGCUCUGCAUCGACCGAGGAGACGCCAAUCGCCAAGAUACCAGGUCAUUCGAAAUCAUUGUCUUACCCCUCUGAACUUACGGGAACGAACGAGGAACUUGGCGGGUCGCCAGAUGUCGCUCGUAGGGAUUCAUUGGGUAUCACAGGCACGCCAGUGGAUCAGACUGAUAAUGGGAGCGGCUUGGCCAAACGAGCAAGUACUAGGAGAAGUCCCAAGAGCCCGUUGCUCGACGACGAAGACCCGGGCGAUUUCCAAGGUGGAGAUGGAUGGGCAGUGAUCCAUGAUCAACCAGGGCGAAAUCGAGAAUAGUCUCCUCUCGGGUAGACGAUGUAUAUAGUUUGGAGCACGUCGCUGCGCGCCGCGAUUGUACCUACGUUUGCAAUACAAAAAUGUAUGAGACACAGCCGAGAUGA